AUGGUACAUUUUUAUUAUUUGCUGAAGUUCAUAAAUGAAGGGUAGAUUAAAUGAUGCACCCUCCUUCCUCACCCUUAUUCUUGCUUUUUAAAUUGAGUCCUUGGGAAAAGAGAUCAUGGUUUUGGGGAAGAUUGAGAAAGUGGGCAAGAAUCUGAAUGUUCAGGAGGAUUCAAUUUUCCCUGUUUUUGACUUCAUAGUUAAUAUGCAGGGCUUUAAAACAAGAAAAUGUGUCAGUUUCUCCUGUCCAAUCUCUCAUGAUACAUUAACUUCAGAGGUCAUUAACUUCCUCCUGUAAAACACAUCAGACCACCCUAAUGACUGCACGGUCACCAGCGUCCCUUGAUAACUGGGCAGACCAAGGUUAGAGGAGGACAUCUGAGUGUUGGGACUGUGGGAGCAGAGAUAUGCUUACAGAGCACUUUGCACAUUUUCUUCCUCUUUUUUUUUUCUUCUAUAUGCCUCUCCGUCAUGCCAAGAAAACUCUGUGUGGGCCAUCCAUCUCUAUACAGAGGGAGGAGAGAGACCUUCAACUCCCCGCACACACCACGAGAGGUGACGAGCAUCAGUCAAAAACAGGCCAGCGCUCUGUUUGCUGUUUGGCAGCAUCAGGAAAUGUGCUGUUCUGUUUGAUGAGACGAGUGAUGGCAGUGUCAUAUCACAGCUGGACAGAGAUGAAGGUAAGCCACUUAAUCAGCAGGAAGCUCGGCAAGGGCCUAUGAUGUCCUGGUUUUAUUAAAAUAUACAUAUAUCUUAUUUACUUAUAAUAAGAAUCUGUCAUACAAAAGUUAUGUUUAAAUAUAAUUUAGAUUACAAUAAAAAAUGUUUGCAAACUAACCCAAUUCUUGGGACGAUGGCCUUGAGGUCAAAUUUGCAAAGUUAGCCCCAUCUAGUGGACAAAAAUAACAUUGCAUAAUAUGACAGAAACUAGAAUUCGUUCAACAGGCCAGUGAUAAAAAUGUAAGUUUCUCAUUUUCAUGAUUAAAACUCAAAUUAGAAUAUCAGCAUUAAACAAUUACCUCUUUGAAAAUACAGAAAUGCCUCAUGAGCAGACCAAUACAAACUGUAGGUCUUUAAAAAGUUUUAAUAUUUAAAAAUAUAUAUAUAUUUCGGUUGAUAGUUUUACUGCGAGCAUGUGUUUUUUUUUUUCAAUUGUGGCACCGUCUGUGGCCAGAGUGAUACCUCAUAUCAUUAUAUCUUCCAUAUGUUUAUAUUAUAUUAUAUUUUCUGACUAAAAACAGUGAGUAUUUGCAGAAGCAGAAGUUAAUUUAAAAUAAAAGUUGUUUAUCCAGAAAAGCUGAUUGUCAGUGUUGAUGCUAAAGGUCUCGUUUGCCUUUUUAACUCACGAAGAGACUUAACUAUCGAUGUCAAUCUUUUUUAUAACCAGAUAAACACUCUUCACAGGAGGUUUAUGUACUUGCACCACUACCCAGCUCAACUAUUACAUUUUUACACACAAAAGGUUCAUGCUGAAACGUAAAGGACACUUCAGUGAGGUUAGCUCUUUCAUCACUUUCACUUUUAAAAAGGCAGAAUAAAUGUGUUUAAGCAUGUACAGUUCAAAUAUGACACUCAUGCUGCCUACAUCAACUCUCUUUAUGAGUUUGUUGAUGUGCUUUUCUCUCUUAUCCUUUUCUCUUUCUGUGAUAUUAAAGUCAUAAAUAACCAGAAUAUCAGCACACAUACUUCAAUGAUAACAGUCCAAAUAUCUCUUGUGGUGUAAUAAGUAUAAAGACAGUCCAAUUUUGAAUCAUCUGGUCUGUUUUUUGUGGCUUUUUUGGGCUGUCAAGAUCCUCCAGACAAGACACUUUUAUUUCAUAUAGCAUGUUUAUAGGUAAACUUAUUGUGUCUUUGAAUUAAACAGAUACUGUAAAGUAACAUGAGCAGAACAAUUAAAGUAUUAAAACAUAAAUUAAAUUUGAUUGAUAGUUUCAAUGCUUUUUAAUCAACUGAGGCUGUUGAAGAAAACCAAAUUGAAUGUCCUGUUUUAUUUCAUUGGUGAUUGUGUAGCAAAUAAACCCUCAGACAAUACCCAUUCUAGAGUAAGUUAUUGAAAUAGGGCAGAUAGUGGGUGUAUAUAUAUAUGUAUCUGUUACUGUGUUUGUAAUGUGAACCUGUAAGUGUAUUUUAACACUUGACACUUGUAAGUAUCCCAUGAGGUCUUAUAAGUAACGCUUUAAUUUAUUAAUGCUUAUGACAUGGACCUUGAUAUAGAGUGUUACUGUAAAUGGUACAAGAUUAUACUGUUUACUCACCUCUUAGCAGUGCUAUUGCCAUUGCGAAGUAAACAGAGGGGUGUGUUACAGUCUGUCCGCAUGCAUGCAUACGUGGCUGUGUGUGUGAAGUGGUCACACACACAAACAAACAAACACAUACAGAGGUUUCUGUCAGAGCUGCAGCUGUCACUCAGUCAUGGCGCUCUUGAACCACUUGUUGCUCUUGUUCUGUUUAAUGCCGCAGGUUCUAGGCACCCCUUUCUUCCCACCAACAUGCUACUCCAAGGUGCUGAGCAUGGCCCGGGAGCUCACGCAGUGGGCUGCGCACCUGAAGAGGGACUACGAAACUGUAAGUCUAAAGAUUUGUUGUUCAUUUUGUAGAUUUAGGAUCUACACUUAUUGAAGUUUAACAUCACAGCUGAGAUUUGGAAAGGUGCUACUACGGUGCUGUAUUUUGACAUUUAUAUGUUUUACAUUAUUAUAAAGGUUUUUGUUGAGAAAAGAGAUUUCUUAGCUAUUUAUUGACUCGGUUAGAUGUGUUAGUAACCAAAAUAUAAGAGAUUAAUUUAGUAAUCUAAACCCUGUAAAUUCAUGUUUCUCAUACUCCAGGUAAAUCACCCCAAAAUCUUUGAGUUCUUUAAAUUUAAAUAUUAAUUAUCUAAUUAUCUGUCUGUUAAUUUUCUGUCCAGGGUUACUGCAUGGCCCACAUGCCAGAUCUCCACCUUGAUGUCCACGUAAGCAUGACUUUAAUUUCCCUAAAACCUCUUUGUUUCAUUGGAAAAUGGUCCGAUUCAUCAUGGUACAUAGUUUGCAUAUUGAAAUGUACUUUUUGUAAAGGUAACAGAAGUGUCAGAUAAAGUUCAUACUCUAUUUAAAACACUCCGGUGUGAAGAACCAACAUCAAAUGAAACUGUGUUUUUUCAUCUAUACUUAAGGUCGUAUAGUGAGUCGUGUGUUUUGAGCUCUUUGUCUGUUUUCAAUACUUGACACAAACAUCUCUGGUAUUCUGACUGCAAACCUCGGCUGUAAAUCAGGCUCAAGGACACUAAUUACUGCUGCCUUGCUUCCACCAGAACGCGUGUGUGAUGCACAAAAUAAGGACCUACAUCUCCCUGAUAGAAGAGCUGCGACAGCGGCGCUGCGCUUACACCAGCGACGUGAGGAGGCUUGGGGGCAGUCUGAGACAGCUCUUCAUCUUCAUAUCGCAGAAAUGUCACGGGGUAAGAAAAAGGGAAACAAUGAGGCCCGAAUAAUACAGUAAAGGUGAAUCUAUUUGUGCAAUAAAUCAGAGAGGUGGAGUGGUACACAAAAAAGUUAACAGUAGUCAUGGAUACUGUAACAAAAACAGGGGUUUGUCUUAUAUCAAUUAUUCUUCUGAUUAAAGUGAAAGGACGGCAUUUCUAUUCUGCAAAGUGCUACAGCGUCUAACAAAAACUAUGCCAAAGAUGAAGUUGUGCAAAAAACUCCUUUUUAAAACUGUCAUUCAGAUUAUUAGAAGUGGUUUUAUAGCCAAAAAGUCCUGCUGUAUCCUACUCUAAGAUCGAUGUUGUCUUCUGUGUGUCCGAUGAAUCAAGCUCCAUUACUCUCAGAUAUAUUAAAGCAUCCAGUUGUUCAUGUAUUUUUAAAUUAAACGUAACCAAAGAUCCACUCCAGUGGUGAAGUCACCACAGUCAGCAGAGAAAAAGAGAGAAUAAACUAACUCUGAUGAGCCGUGUUCCAACUGUCCGCUGGUGGGACACUCAGUGGGUCAUUUCACAGGAUUAAACAGGCUUUAUGAAGCAGAUUAUGGAAAACAUUCAGUCCUCUGUGGAUUUUUGAUCCUCUGCACCUGAACGUCAUGUCAGGCACAUCUGGGUUUAUGUGUAGUUUACUAAAACAGACUCAUAUGACCUCUUUGGGCAGACCAGGUCGCAGUGUCUGCAAAAAGGCCUCAUUUAAUUCACUCUCAGGUCAAUUGAAGUAUUUUUUUUGUGGAUGUGCUUGCACUUUUACUACUUUGGAACAUGAAUUUGAAAUUUUAGCUAAUUGCUCAAAACAUGACGUGUUUUAUUAAAUAAUUUCUCUUCCAUCUCUUUUUUUACAGGACUUGGUGUUCACCAUCUAUGACUGUGCUGCACUGGAGGGCUGA